CGAGCACCUAUUAUCGAAAGCUAGGUAUGUCUCACAAGACCAGAGAUCGGUGAGUGAACGACAGGCAAAACGACGCACUUGCGUCGUUUUGCCUGGUUCGCAGGUUCAUCUCCCCGCCGAUGGUUUCCACGUGCGUGAAGUAUCACGAAAUCCUGGAGCCCCCUGGUCUACUGCUACCCCUACUACGGUAAUCAAGAAGGAGUCAUUGGCGAAGAAGGAGCCUGUAGCCAAGAAAGAUGCUUGGGGACGAUGAGUGGUGUUAAGGAUAUGCCAUGGACUCGAUAUCCUCAAACUCCAUAAACCUCCCUCCUCGAGGGCAAUAACCAUUACAUCACACUCCUUCUUCGUUGCCCACUCAACUGCCAACGGCAGCCUCCGAGCACCAAUGGGUGGCCGAGCAUCGUCGUACCCUCCAGCAGGAAAGCGACAACCCACCUCAAUUUACGUGGGUUAUCUGCUGGCUGCCCUAGGCGAAGACCUAACAUCAAGAAGUGGUGGUGUGCUCGCCACCCCCGACGAGGUGGCAGUUACGACAAUCACAGGAAGCCUCCUUCGAUACACAACGCGACCUCAACGCGACCUGUCGGCAGUUCAAAUAGCCGUUGGCACCGGCAAUUCUAAUGGCAAGGCUGGUACUGUUAAGAAGAUCGUCCCGACGGGUAUCGCUGCACCUCGCGAUGUGGUGCUUGGUGAGGAACGAGAGGCCAAACAUACAGUCGUGCCUCGCCAAGCACCACAUCGCGGGUUCUUCCCGUGGGAGGAGCCGGAAAAGCAUGGCGGCUUUCCCAUCAUGACGAUGCUGCCACAUUGUUGCGGCGACCGCCACUUUCGCAACUGGACUUCGGGGGCUGGUGGUGCCAUACUCCAAACAAGCAGAGCUACCAAGGACGGCAACUGUGCCGAGCAUUCCUCGCCCCUGCCGCCCGAUUUUGGGUACACAGCAGAGACGUACGCACACAUGGACGACACCGAAAGGGAAGCCAUCGUCGCCGAGUACACCAAGGAUUCUCGUCUCGCCAAAAUCAUCGGCGAACUGAGGGCUCGAAAGCAGACACAACGUUCGGCUCGCAAUUUCAGAUACGUACUCGACGACAACGGCCUCCUCUGGACAGAGGGACGGGACGGCCGCAGAAGGCUUUGUAUCCCUGAAAGCCGAGUCCAGGCGCUGUUCGAGGCGGUGCACGAUGGGAAACAUCAUUUUGAUACAAUGGCAGAGAGGACAAUGCAAAGGACAUCGUCUAUGGGGACCACGGCCACCAAGGCGCAGUGGACUGUUCAGCGCGAAUGCCAAUUACUGACCGCAAUGCUGAUGGUCUGCAAGGGCCACGCUGCGGAAGUCGACGGCCAACACGAACCGGACGUCGACUUCCGCAGCGUGGCCCAAGUCAUGCAGGGCCACCGCAUGGAAGCGUAUGUGUAUACGCUUAUGGAUUCGAGGCUUACGACGUAUCAUGCGCAUGAUGGAUACCGAGCCAUGCGAGCUUCACAAGCACGAUUCGAAGGUAAACUGCGCCAGCCAUCGUUAAGCAUCGGUACAGAUGAAGUUGGUAGUCCCCAGUUGGCGAUUGGCUCUCAAGCCAUCCCUGGUUCUUCGGCCCUCACCCCCAAGAGCACGCAUGAUCGUAACCUCGUCCGUGAAGCUAAGGAUGGUCUCUAUGCGUUACCUCCGGUCGAGAAUCCUUGCCAUUGA